GGGAAGAGCGGCCGCGGCGCCGGGCGAGCCCGGGAGGCGAGGCAGUGCCAUGCUGCCUUUGUGCAAAGUUGGGCGGCGGGCGGCGCGCCGCGCGCAGGGGCCCCGCACACCCGCGACCGCGCGCAGCCGUGGCUGCUGCUGAGUGGCGGGGGCCAGCGCCCCCCCCCGGCCCCCGCUCCCCCAGCCCUUGAAGGCGGAGAGAGCUGGCGUCUCGCUCGGCUUCAGGGUAAGUCCAGCUGUGAGCGGGGUGUUCUGUUCUUCACUUCCAGCAAGCCAGAGUUUUAUAAAUGGACACUGACAUGGACUACGAAAGACCCAACGUGGAAACCAUCAAGUGCGUGGUCGUGGGAGACAACGCCGUGGGGAAGACGCGCUUGAUCUGCGCCAGAGCGUGUAAUACGACGCUGACGCAGUACCAGCUGCUGGCCACCCACGUACCCACGGUGUGGGCCAUUGACCAGUACCGGGUCUGCCAGGAGGUCUUGGAGCGUUCCCGGGAUGUCGUUGAUGAAGUGAGCGUUUCUCUCAGGCUUUGGGAUACUUUUGGCGAUCAUCACAAAGACAGGCGUUUUGCCUAUGGCAGGUCCGAUGUUGUGGUCCUCUGUUUUUCGAUCGCUAAUCCCAAUUCCCUAAAUCAUGUGAAAACCAUGUGGUAUCAAGAAAUCAAGCACUUUUGCCCUCGCACACCUGUUGUUCUAGUUGGCUGCCAGCUAGAUCUCCGCUAUGCUGAUCUUGAGGCUGUUAAUAGAGCCAGACGCCCUUUAGCAAGGCCCAUAAAGAGAGGGGAUAUUUUGCCCCCAGAAAAAGGCCGAGAGGUUGCAAAGGAACUGGGCAUACCCUACUACGAAACAAGCGUAUUUGACCAGUUUGGAAUCAAGGAUGUGUUUGACAAUGCAAUCCGAGCCGCCCUCAUUUCCCGCCGGCACCUGCAGUUCUGGAAAUCCCACCUAAAGAAAGUCCAGAAACCUUUACUUCAGGCACCAUUCCUACCUCCAAAAGCCCCUCCACCGGUCAUCAAAGUUCCAGAAUGUCCCUCCACAGGGACGAACGAAGCUGCCUGUUUACUGGACAGUCCUCUGUGUGCCGACGUCCUGUUCAUCCUCCAGGACCAGGAGCGGAUCUUUGCACACCGAAUUUACCUCGCUACCUCCUCUUCCAAAUUUUAUGAUCUCUUUUUAAUGGAAUGUGAAGAAACCCCCCACUGGAGCGAAGGAGCUUGUGAGCAAGAGAAGCAGAGCAGGGGUUUCCAGGGGCCCCUGAGUCUCGACCCCGACGAGGAAAGGGAGGAGGGCACCCCAAGGACACCUCAGGCCGAUCAGUGGGCGUCCUCAAGCCAGAACCUGUCCCAACAGGAGACCCCGGGGCUGGAAGCCGAGGGCUCAGCGGCGGAGACACAGACCCUGUCGGGCUGGAGUAAGGGCUUCGUUGGCAUGCACAAGGAAACGCAGGUCAACCCCGUUUCAAAGCGGAUGGGCCCCAUGACUGUGGUCAGGAUGGACCCCUCUGUCCAGCCAGGCCCCUUCCGGACCCUGCUCCAGUUUCUCUAUACAGGGCAACUGGAUGAAAAGGAAAAGGAUCUGGUGGGCCUGGCUCAGAUUGCAGAGGUCCUAGAGAUGUUUGAUUUGCGGAUGAUGGUGGAAAACAUCAUGAACAAGGAAGCCUUCAUGAACCAGGAGAUUACGAAAGCGUUUCACGUCCGGAAAGCCAAUCGGAUAAAAGAGUGUCUCAGCAAGGGGACCUUCUCAGAUGUGACAUUUAAGUUGGACGAUGGAGCCAUCAGUGCCCACAAACCGCUGCUGAUCUGCAGCUGCAAGUGGAUGGCUGCCAUGUUCGGGGGGUCGUUCGUCGAAAGCGCCAACAGUGAGGUAUAUCUCCCGAACAUAAACAAGAUGUCAAUGCAGGCGGUACUGGAUUAUCUUUAUACCAAGCAGUUGUCACCUAACUUGGACCUGGACCCACUGGAACUAAUUGCCUUGGCAAACAGAUUUUGCCUGCCACACUUGGUUGCACUUGCAGAGCGGCACGCUGUUCAGGAGCUGACCAAGGCCGCCAUGAGUGGCGUGGGCAUUGAUGGGGAAGUGCUCUCUUAUUUGGAACUGGCCCAGUUUCACAAUGCCCACCAGUUGGCCGCCUGGUGUUUGCACCACAUCUGCACCAACUACAACAGCGUUUGUUCCAAGUUCCGCAAGGAAAUCAAAUCGAAGUCUGCAGACAACCAGGAAUACUUUGAGCGGCACCGCUGGCCCCCUGUGUGGUACCUGAAGGAAGAAGACCACUACCAGCGUGUGAAAAGGGAAAGAGAGAAGGAAGAUAUUGCACUAAAUAAACAUCACUCGAGACGAAAGUGGUGCUUCUGGAAUUCAUCUCCAGCGGUCGCCUGAGGCAGAAGAGAAAAAAAAAAAAUCAGAAAUCUGACACACCACUUUUAAAAGCACUACUGUAAAAUUGGUCUUACUAUUAGAGAUAAGGUGUAGUUCAGGUGUCAGGCACUCAUCUUCCUCCACUUUCAUGCAUUUAUCUUUGUUGGGAUCAAAGCACAAGCUCACCAUCCAUGAGCCUGGACAAAAAGGGAAGUUGACGCUCACUGCAUUCCUUAAACUUGUAUAUUUUUUGUUAGAAGGCUUAAUAAACUUUAGUCCGUUAUCUCA